AUGGGCCGCAAUACCAAAAAACGUACUCAAACGUGGUGGAAAGAAGCAGUCGUAUACGAAAUAUACCCUGCAAGCUUCAAAGAUUCGAAUGACGACGGAAUCGGAGAUAUCCCAGGAAUUGUGUCUAAAUUGGACUACUUGCGCGAUUUAGGCGUCGAUGUCAUCCACAUUUGCCCGCAUUACCAAAGCCCUCAAGUUGAUAUGGGAUAUGAUAUUUCCAAUUAUGAAGAGAUACAUGAGCCAUACGGAACGGUGGAAGACGUGCAGACUCUCAUCGAUGCUGCUCACGGUCUAGGGAUGAAAAUCAUCUUUGAUCUAGUUAUCAAUCAUUCCUCAAAUAUGCACAAAUGGUUCCAGGAGUCUCGCUCUUCCAAGAGCAGUCCCAAGAGGGAUUGGUAUUUCUGGCGGCCUCCAAAGAUCGACGCAGACGGAAAUCGGCACCCACCCAAUAAUUGGCGCAGCCAUUUCACCGUGCCAGCAUGGACUUGGGACGAGGUUACCCAAGAAUAUUACCUUCAUAUAUAUGCUCCAGAGAUGCCAGAUUUCAACUGGGAGAACAAACAAACGAGAGAAGCUAUCUACAAUACGUCGAUAACCUUCUGGCUCAAGCGAGGCAUUGACGGAUUCCGCAUUGACACUGUUAACAAGUAUUCCAAAAAUGUAUCAUUCCCCGACGCAGAGAUCACUAAUCCGAAAGAAGAAACACAACCGGCAUGGAGACAUUACAACCAUGGUCCACGGAUUCACGAGUUCCUAGGGGAAAUGAAAGACAUUUUCGACCAGUACAGCGCUUUGACAGUCGGGGAGCUGUCAAGUUUUCCACGCACGAAGGAAGGGGUGAUGGAGUUUGUUUCGUCUCGCACAGGACCUUUGAACAUGGUAUUCAAUUUCGACAUCUCAGAUCUAGGACAGAAACGAAAGCCAGGCCAAAAAGGUCCCGUACCAUUCGACGUUCAGCCAUUUAAACAGGAGAUGUCGCGCUGGCAGACUUUUGCCAGCGAUCCCGAGGGUUGGAUAACUCUUUACCUCGAGAAUCACGAUGCACCACGUUCGUUGUCACGAUUCGGUCGUGACUUUUCGUUGGAAGAUCAGACCAGAGUUGGGAAGAUGUUGGCGAUGAUUAUGGCCACUAUGACAGGAACCCUGUUCUUGUACCAAGGGCAAGAAAUCGGCAUGAGUAAUCUACCGCGGUCAUGGCCAAUUGACGAGUAUAAGGACAUACGUUCUGUCAACAUGUACAAGCGAGCUCAGCAAACCUGUGCUGGAAAGCCUGAAUGCUUGGCCCGCGCGCGAGAUGAUUUGUGGAAGACGGCGAGAGAUCAUGCCAGGUUGCCAAUGCAGUGGAAUAUGGGCCCAAAUUCAGGAUUCACAUCAGAGGGUGUGACACCUUGGAUGCGUGUGCAUGAUGAUUGGGAGCAGCAUAAUGUGGAGCUGCAGCUUGGGAACUCCAGUAGCUUGCUGGAGUUUUGGAAGAGAAUUUUGAAGUUGAGGAAGGAGUACAAAGAGCUUUUUAUAUAUGGUGCUUACAAGCUGGUUGAAUCCCAAGAAGAAGAUUUGUUCAUCUUCGUGAAGGAGGGGCCAGAGAGAAAGUCGCUCACAGUUGUUAACUUCUCGAAUAGUCCCAAGAAGUGGGAGGGGCCGUCUGAUAUUCUAGGCGUGGGAUCCAGGCUUCUGCUCGGGACUACUGGCGGCAAAGAAGGUGAUGUUCUAAACGCUUGGGAAGGAAGAGUGUACCUCAAGAGUUCCUAAUCCCAAGUAGUUCUCUGGGUCUUGGUCAUCAUGAAUCAAGAUAUUGUCACACUUCACCUGGAAAGACUCGGAGAUUGAACUUGAAGUCGGCAAGUAUAAAAUCAAUUAACUCCAACGCCAUGAACCAAAGAAAUCAAAGCAAAGAUCCCGCUCUUGCUCCCACGCUAUGCCCCCAAAACAAAAGAAAACAAACUAAAAUCAAAUGACAUAAAAGCUCCCACGCUAUGCAACUGGCCUAAGCAUUCCCUCAAGGUUGACCAAAAUAACCUUUAUUCGGCUGCAGGCCCUCCACAUGCCAAUGGUCUGAUAGCCACGAGCGUUUCCGUUGUUCCCAACGCUUCUGCGACUGCCAAGAAGUAUGCGUCAAUGGCAGGCAACACAUUCGCGCAUCGGUUGCUAUUGAUCAAAGCAAC